CAAAGUGGAGACAAUGGCAGAGCAGGGAUUCGACCUCACAACCUUGCGAACAUGAGUCCAAUGUUCUAACCACUGGACCACACGACUCGUGUGGCACCGAAGAAUAAAUAUUCAAGACGAUGAAGCCAUGCACUUGCGAGGGCAACCCAAACUGCAUGAUGGAACCAUGCAUUGUCACAAAAUGUCCUGAGGCAAGUCCAGCGGAACCUCUAUUGUCAUCCGAACUUUUCAUCGUCGUGCAAAUAAAAGGACAAGCAAACAUGAAAAGGGCUUGUUCGGUGACAACUUGGGGGAUAAGAUUUAUUUCGUAUUCAGGACCAUGAUCUGUUGGUUGUUUGUGCAUGUAGUUAGUUCGAUCCUCUGGUUCCUCACCGGCAGCCGCUGUGAAUGACACAUUUCGGGCUAAACCUGUAUAGAUUGGACCUCAGUAUGGAAUCAGAACAUCUCUUCAAGACGAUACAACAUACAUCACAGGAAUGACAAAGAGGAAUAUACUAAUAUCAUUGGCAAUUUUGUCUUUUAUCGCCGGUAUUCUCUAUAUGUCUGAGUACUUGAACUUAUCUGAAGAGGGGGCUGGAUUCAGUUAUGUCCAAGUCUUAACAAAGGAGGCUAAGAGGCUGCAUCAAAAAGGCAUUUCAGACGAAAACUCAUCUCUGAAUAAAAACACAUCAACAGAAAACACAAGCACAGCUCAACAGGAAGAAUCUAGAUACGGCCGUGUUAUCCAUGGAACAGAUCACGUCAUCAUCUACAACAGCCUUCCAAAAUGUGGGAGUAGAACUUUUGGAUCAGCAAGCCGAAUGCUUUGGAAGCAUCGAUCCAUCCACAUGGCAAAAAUUUCAUUAAGAAAACAUGAUAACCGUUACUCGAAUGAAAGGGAGAUAUUGGAGUUCGUGGAGAGCGUUGAAGCACCCGCGUUUUGCCAGGGCCAUGGAUACUUUGCUACUUCUGAUCACAUUCAGAGUCCUGUGCAUAUCAACUUCAUGAGGGACCCAGUUUCACGAAUGGUUUCUGCUUUCUACUACACUCGUUUCGGUGAUAAUAAUAAAAAAAGAAGGGCACACCCGGGACAUACCACUAAGAAAAUCAUGAGCAUAGACGAAUGCAUUUCAUCUGUUGGCUCACGUUGCAUUAAAACGGGUAUAUACCCCAUCACCUUCUGCGGAUUCAGCAAAAGAUGCCAAGAGGAUCGUGCGUGGGCGUUGGAGCAGGCCAAGUUGAACAUUAAUAAAUACUAUACCUACAUCGGUAUCACCGAGGACUAUGAGGCGUCUUUGAGAAUCUUUGAGCAUCUCCUGCCGGAUGUCUACACUGGCAUGACAGAGUUGUACCUUUCACUACUCAACCAAACAAAUAGUCAAAUGGCCCGCUCCAAAACGAGACACAAGGAACCUCUCACCCAAGACCUACAUGACGUAGCAACAAAAAGGUUCGCUGUCGAUUACGAGUUAUACAAUUAUAUUUAUGACAGGCAUCGAGAACUCAAAGCAAGAUAUGGAAUAAAUUAGCAGUAGCAGCAGUUCUUGUCGUAGUAGUAUAGUAGUAGUAGUAGUAGUAGCAGUAGUAGUAGGUAGUAGUUGUUAUUUAGUAGUUUUGUAAGUAGGACUUUGGCUAAGGAAAGCCCAUGAUGUAACGUCGAGCCAUUAUUCUGGUUACGAAAUUUUGGUAAAUUCAUUAGAACCAGAACCAGAGUCAACCAGCAGUCUUUAAUAAAUUCAAGAUUACUGCAAACGAACGUAGAGGGCGCCAGUAGCUGGUGUUGGUCACUGUUCUAGAACUGCAGCUCCGGUUCACCAAUUUCCGACAGUAAUAAUAACUAAUAAUUAUACUUGCUUCUCUAGC